CCUCCGUAGUACCACACCGAGGCUGAGCGGUGGAGCUGGACACCUGCGGCGGCACAGCGGAUUAUUUCUGGAGAAAGCCCCCAAUAAAGUUCUUGUUUACAACUUCAGAAAAUAUCCGUGGAAAUGUUCAACAGUAAUCUCAGGGAGGUUGAUGAGGAUCCGUUCUUUUCGGAUCCUUUCCGGGCCCACAGGGAACAUAUGCGGCAGAUGAUGCGUAGCUUCUCCGAGCCAUUCGGUGGGGCCUUAAUGCCCAGUAUAAUGGACGGGAGAAGCCGUGGUCGUGAAAUGGUUGAACAUCCUAGCUCAUUCCCAGCGCUGAGGGAACAGAGGGAUAUGAGCCGGUCACUGUUGCCCUUUGGCAGUAUUGACAGCACGGACAUGAUGAGGAACCCCUUCGGCGUGUUCGACAACGUGAUGGCCAACGUGAGGAACAGGAUGGAGGAGAUGCACAGAAACUUUGAGAACAUGUCCACAGAUUCACAGAACACCCACUCCUUCAGCUCCUCAUCAGUCAUGACAUUUUCAAAGGUUGGAAAUGAGCCUCCCAAGGUCUUCCAGGCGAGCUCAUCGACACGAUGCGCCCCUGGAGGCAUCAAGGAGACCCGGCGAGCAAUUAAAGACUCUGAGAGUGGUCUGGAGAAGAUGGCCAUUGGUCACCACAUCCAAGACAGGGGACAUGUUGUUGAGAAGAAAUUCAACAAUAAAACAGGAGAGAAAGAGUUCAUCCAGGACUUUGAGAACCUGGAUGAAUCUGAAGCGCAAUCUUUUGACGAUGAGUGGCAGCAGGAGGUGUCCAAGUUUCAACCAUCUGUCCCCAUGUCUCGCCUGGAGGAACCCAAACGCCGUGGUGUUCACCAGGCAGCCCUCACCGGCUCUGAGCAGGCCCACAGAGACCAACCAAAGGGCAAGGGUAUGGGUGAAAGCAAAGUGAAAGGCUCAAACUCCACAAAGCAGUAAAAACAUCCGCUUGUGUGCUUAUUAAAGUCUUUGAACCAUCAUAUAGUACACCCUCAUGCUCUGUACACAGACACACACACACUGGUUUCAUCAACAAGAUGGACAGAAUCAGAAGGAACUGACCCAGAUUUUGUAUUAUUUAGGAGACUAAGUUUCACAUGAAUGCUGCCCAUUUUCCAAAGAACUGAAGCACACUGAAAGAUGGCUGUCCCAUUACAGCAGACAUUUAUUCCGCUUUUUCAUGUGUAAAAUUACUCCUCGCACUUCAUACUUGAUUCUGAAAACAUAAACAUGGCCAGACAUUUGUGGCGAGGCACUGAAACAGAAUCAGGAAUUGUAUCUUUAAAGUCUUUGCAAGUCCGGUGGUAUGCUUUGGAGAAUGGUUGACAGGAAUGUGAAUUAUACUGUAUGCGAUUUGUAGUGUGCUGGCUGUAGAACAUGCAAAUAAUGCAGCUAUAAAACUUUAACAGUAUUAACUCUUAUACGCUCAUAGAACAUUACAAAAAAGGUACAGAGGGUCCUUCAUCUUUCACAAAAAACAGGAAACUAAAAGGGUCAUUAGUAUUUGUAUGGAUGUAGUGGUAUUGAAACAGAUUCAAAUACACUCAUACAUUGUAAAAAAUAUAUGAAGGGCCAUAAGCACUAGUUAUCAUUAUACAAACAUUCAGAGAGCAAUUAAUUGAUAUGAUUUUGCAUCAGAUGAAUAUAAUUUGCUCUAUGUAAGGUUUUCUGAUGAUAUUAUCUGUUUCUCUCCUGCAAGACACAAAAUGUAGUGACUCAAUGACUGUGUGAAAUCCACUAACGCACUUAGACAAUGUCUAAAUUGUCUUUUUGUAAUUAUAUUGUCUAGUACCCAAUGCUCUAGAUAUGUGUAUUUUAUCUGCUGUAAUCUUUGUAAAAAGAAAAAAAUGCUCUUCCCUUUUUCUAUGUUACUUUGGUUUAUUUUGUUUUUCAUCUGAAGAACUCCGUGCUGCAUUGCACACUACCUUGACGUCUGGAUUAUUCUCAAUAAUUCUAGCUUUGUUCUUGUAUAUUUUUUCAAGCUUUAAAACUAAGUUCUGUGUCAGCACAGACUAUUGUCUGGAAAUAAAAAUGUGAAGAUUAAUCUGG